UUUUUCUCGCGGCACCGAACAGUUUGGCGGUCCCCACGGACCGACGUUAAGGCAGUCCGCGUGCUCGGAUGCUCACCGACGUCCUCCGAUUUCGCUCACAAUUUUCCCUCUUUAUUUCCCUCUCAAUCGUAUCGGUCAUUCGUUAAUUUACGUCCAGAGAAAGUUGCUUCGUGUUCCACAAGCGCACAAGAAGGGAUAAAGAAAUCGCACCGGCGAGGGCGAGAUCGAAGGUGAAUCGAACGGGGCGUGAUGAGGGUGAAGCUGAUCGCGGACUGUUCCUCAAAAUGCGUAGAACCGUGACUUGUUAAUUCCAACAAAACAAUCGUUCCGAUCAAAUAUUUCGUUCGACUGUCGUGUCCCUGGGAAAACAAAACAAGUUAACCGAAGUGAAAUGUGCCACUGAAGUUCUCGUUGCGUCGGAGCGCAGAAAAAACCCGGUCAGUGGUGUUUCGGCGUGAGAUACGCGAACGGGAGUGCGAAUGAAUGUGACACAUUUGUACCCAAACGUAGCACAGCUCGUCAGUCGUUUUACGACCGAGACGAUUCCAACCUCCGAUCAAAAUUUUUUCCCAUUUUUCAAACUGGAGCCACGAAUGUUUAUAGAAACCUGGAAAUAUGAAUAUCUCAAAACCUGACAAUCUUCUGUCAGUUGUGAUGUCCGGUGAACUGCCAGUGUCGCCGAGUUCCCAGCAGCUAUUCAUUAACCAGGAUCCACAGGAUGAAGAAGCCUCGGAUUGCCCGCUUUUAACGCCGAGUCCAUCUAAUCAAACGCCCGAUGGGAUGGAACACGGGCCAAUAUACAAUCCCCUGGAAGGCACACCGCUGGAAAUGACACCCGUGCCGACACUCGAUAAUAUCAAUUGCGAGGAUGGUCUGAAGGCAUUUAUGAGCAUCGUAAACAGCUCCAGUAAAAUAAUGAACGAUGAACCGAGCUCGAGGGAUCCCAUGGUCGAAUCGAGCAGCAGUGAGGAAAGCAGCGUCAAUAACGAGCCUGUGUGCACUCAACUAUUGACUCAACUGAACACGGCCUAUCAGCACCUCGCCCCUGACGCCCAAGCUAUAUUUUACAAUCAGGAGAAUGGGGGAAAGCCACCACUCGUUCCCAUACAACUGAUGGUGCCAAAGCCCCCAAAAGAUUAUAAUUUUAUGCGAUGGAAUUGGCCGAGAAUACGAAAAGUGUCUUUCUGGUUUAUGGUUUUUUUCCUCGGACUCUGCACAGCUUUAGCUAUUCGUGGGAUCGUCAUUAUGCCUCGGAGGUGCGAUCCCGAAAUGGAGUGGUGGCAGGGAAAUUUAUUCUACGAGAUAUUUCCAGCGUCGUUUCAAGACUCGUCGAAGGAAGGUCACGGCAUUGGCGACUUGCGCGGAAUAACGAUGCGGCUGGACUAUCUGAAGGAUCUGGGAGUGAAGGGGGUGCGACUGAAUUCGAUAUUUCGAUCGGAACAUUAUCCAGAAAACUACGGGAGCAUAACGAGUCUGACGUUGAUAGAUGAGAAUUUGGGCUCCCUGGAGGACUUUGAUUCGCUCGUGUCCAAUCUCCACAGCAGGAACAUGAGCCUCAUCCUCGAUCUGCCACUCUACCCUUUCGUGAAGAGCCUCGCCGGAGGAACAAUGCGCAGGACUAGAAACGAGAACAACGAAACUUUAUCGUUUCGCGAUAAAAGAGAAAACGACGACGGAACAACGAAUUCGACGAAUGGGAUGGAGCGCGAAACGACUAUUGUUCCAGACGUAGCGACGAGCCUGUCGUCGGGAAUAUUGACCACUUUGAUCCCUCAGCCGAUCGAUUUCUCAUCGACGAACUUGCCGAACCUUUCCGACUCCCACCAAGAAGCCUAUUCAGCGUCGAACUACGCGAACCCUAAACUCGACGAGCACAUGGUCACAGCUGCCAUAAGAUAUUGGAUUAAAAAAGGCGUCGAUGGGUUUUAUCUCAAAGGACUGAAGAAUUAUUUGAAGGACGAGAAUUUCGUCGAGCUACUAAACGACUGGCGAACCGUUGCUGAUCCACAGAAAAUUUUUAUUUCCGAUUGGGAAAGCCUCGAGGCUGCCGAAGGACCAGCGAGAGACACGCUCUUCCGUGUUCUCGAUCUCGUCGAUGUUAAUUUAAGAAUUUCCAACGGAACUAAAGACAUAAAGUCGCAAAUCGAACGCGUCACCAAAAGCACCUUGUUCGAUCGACAGCGCUCCGGGCAACCGUGGGUUCAAUGGUCGAUCGGUGGCCUCGACAAACCCAGAAUCGCAUCGACUCUAAAAGUAUCCAAUGCCAGUGCGGCUGUCACUCUUUUGGGCAUGAUGUUGCCUGGCACUCCUAAUAUUUUCUACGGCGACGAGAUCGGUAUGACCAAUUGCGACUGCAAGGAUCACCAGGAGCUCAAACAUUUGCAAAAUUUGUCACCAAUGUACUGGGAAGCCGUUGCGGGCUCGACGGAAAACUUUUCUUCUCAAGGGGUCGUACCUUGGUUGCCGGUUUCCAUGCAACCGGCCAAAUCGGACAUGGCCAGAGCGGUGCCGGAAAUGGCCAAGCUUCGCCGAGCAACGACUCCGAUAUUCGUGGAGGCUGCUGCAAAGCAUGACAGCAUUACUGCCAACUUGGGGAUCAGGUACUCGGAGGACGAAUUGAUAGUGAUUGAGAGAUGGUAUCCUCGGCAAAACUCAUACGUUUACAUAGCGAAUCUCGGCAAGACUCGUCAGACGAAGGAUCUCUCGUCACUUUAUUACGACGGGCACGUGGUCGUGGGUCCUCCGAGGAUGAUAAACCAGGAUAUUUUCUUCAAGCGUUUAUCGGUUGCGCCAGGGGAAGCUUACGUGAUUAAACUCGACAAGUGAUGAGUGAGUCACCGAAGCUCGUAAGACGUAAAGGAAAGAAAACCAAAAAUCGGUAACUGAGCUGAAAAAGUUGGCGCAAAGAAGAAGCAAAAAAAAUGCAUUUUCCGAGGCUGCACGAACGAGGAAGAAAUGCAUUUAGCGCAACUUGUUCAAUUGAGAGUAGCAGAGGAAGACAUAAUUGUAAUUGGGAAUUGAUUAUUGUCUCAAUUGUUUUAUAACGUUCAUUUUUUUACAACCAAACGACUUUUGUCCCCCGAUCGACAUUCUUUCUCGGGCCACCUCGAGCCGUUUCCCGUUGCACAAAGUGGCCCUCGAAUCGAUUGAACGAAUUUGCGGGCACGAGGAGAAAAAAGCAUUGUGAAUUUCAUUACUUUUUUCUCGGAAGAACGAUCCUUGAUGAAAAUAUUGUCAUUGCUGCGCAACGAUCGAAACAUUUUAUCCACAAGCUUGUCCGUGCCGAGCUCAAAACUUGUAUUUCAUUGUUGAAUUAUGCAAAGUGACGAAUCUAACGUUACGAGUGUGUUGUUGCAGAGAUGAACCCGCGAUAUCAUUGUUGGGGAAACUCGUUACGCAAUCUCGUUAAAGUUGCUCAAAACAACGAAAUUGAGAAAGGAAGGAAAUAAGUAAUACGAAAAUGAGAGACCUCGCUUUUCAAUUGUUUUAUACCAUUGACAAUUUUACAAGAAAAACUCGAUCACCCAAAAUGACGAGCAAACACAUAUUUUUCGUUAUAUUUUUUCGUGAAACAACGGAGAGAAAGUAUUUUAUUAAAAAUGAUAAAAAAAAAAAUAAAAUAAAAAAAAAAAAAACAACAAACCAAGGGAAAUACGAAUUUUCUGAAUUUCUUACAGAUAUUGAACAAAUAUUGUGUAUUUUUAAAUCGCCAAGUUAAUGUUAACAAAAAAAUAUACUUACGUAUUAUCAAA